AGCUCUAGUAGCAUCCGGUGGGAAACUGUUUACUGUACUUUACCUUUUCACCAAUUCUACUGCCAGAUCUCACAAAGCGUCCGUUGCCAGCCAUUAAUUUCACGCAAGAAAGGAACAUCGGCACCAGGUUGGUAGAAGCAAGAAGGAGGCCGGGGAUUGGAAGCGGAUGCGUGCACGGUGAUCGAUGAGGGUGAGGGGGCUGGCGAUGAGCGGCGGCGGCAGGGAGAUGGCGGUCUCCGCCGCCUUCACGGCGCUCCUCGUCGUCUCCAUCCUCUUGCUCCCGUCGCUCCUCCUCACCAGCGGCAGGUACGGUCCGUCGACAUCCUCCGCCAAGGCGGACUGGCCGUUCCUGGACGGCGGCGGCGGCCAAGGCUAUCCGGUGUCGUUCGCGUACCUCAUCUCGGCGUCGACGGGGGGCGCGGAGGCGGCGGCGAGGGUGCUGGCGGCGCUGUACCACCCGGCCAACAGCUACCUGCUGCACCUGGACCGGGAGGCCCCCGCCGAGGAGCACCGACGGCUAUCGGAGCUGGUGUCUGGCCAGCCGGUGUACGGGCGCGUGGGGAACGUGUGGAUCGUGGGGAGGCCCAACCUGGUGACCUACCGCGGGCCGACCAUGCUGUCCACCACGCUCCACGCCAUGGCGGUGCUCCUCCGCCUCGGCCGCCGGUGGGACUGGUUCGUCAACCUCAGCGCAUCCGACUACCCGCUCGUCACCCAGGACGAUUUGAUGGAGGCCUUCUCGCGGCUGCCGAGGGAUCUCAACUUCAUACAGCACACCAGUCGCCUGGGCUGGAAGAUAAAGAAGCGGGUGCAGCCGGUGAUCCUGGACACAGCCCUAUACGAGGCCGACCGGUCGGUGCUCCUCCGCCCUUCGCGCAACAUCACCACCAACCGCCGGAGCCUGCCCACCUCCUUCAAGCUCUUCACCGGUUCGGCAUGGACGAUCCUGUCGCGCCGCUUCGCGGAGUACUGCGUGAUGGGGUGGGAUAACCUGCCGCGGAGGCUGCUGCUCUACCACGCCAACCUCGUCUCCUCGCCGGAGUUCUACUUCCAGACGGUGGCCUGCAACUCCCGCGAGUUCCGGAACUCCACGGUGAACAGCGACCUGCACUUCAUCCGCUGGGACACCCCGCCCAAGCAGCACCCGCUCAACCUCGGCCCCAAGGACUACCGCCGGAUGGUGCUCAGCAGCGCCGCCUUCGCCCGCAAGUUCAAGCACGGCGACCUCGUGCUCGACAGGAUCGACCGGGAGAUCCUCAAGCGCCGCCCGCCGCCCCGCGACAACGACGACGUUGAUGAAGCUCCUGCUGCCGCUGCUGCUCCUGGCCACAGCGGGCAGUUCUUCAGCUACGGCGGGUGGUGCUCGGAGGUGGGGUUGUGCUCAAACCCACGGGAGCCUGACAGGAAGGGGGUCAUCAAGGCCGGCGCUGGGUCCAGAAGGCUCACCGUCAUGCUGAACAAGAUGUUGUCUGAAAGAAACUUCAGGAAGCAGCAGUGUAGAUGAAUGAUCGAGGCUGCUACCAACUAUAUUGGUCUAACUCUGAUGAUCUGAUCGAACAUAUGUCAUGUUGUACAGAAAGAGAAAACAGAAAAGGAUUUAAGGCAAUUUUGGCUGAGAGGAGUUUAGAGAUACUACUGCA